GGAGGCUCGGUGCCCGCUCUCGGCUGCUCUCGGCGGCUCUCGGCCGCUCUCGGCUCUGCCGCCGGCGCUUAGCGGUGCCGCCGCACGGCUCUGCCGUGCUCCGUCCGCCGCAGCCAUGAUCCACAGCCUGUUCCUGAUCAAUGCCUCGGGGGACAUCUUCCUGGAGAAGCACUGGAAGAGCGUCGUCAGCCGCUCCGUCUGCGACUACUUCUUCGAGGCGCAGGAGCGGGCCUCGGAGGCGGAGAACGUUCCGCCGGUGAUCCCCACGCCACACCACUACCUCCUCAGCGUCUACCGCCACAAGAUCUUCUUCGUGGCCGUUAUCCAGAGCGAGGUGCCGCCUCUUUUCGUCAUCGAGUUCCUGCACCGCGUCGUCGAUACCUUCCAGGAUUAUUUUGGUGUCUGUUCAGAGGUGAUGAUCAAGGACAACGUUGUGGUGGUUUAUGAGGUGCUGGAGGAGAUGCUGGACAAUGGCUUCCCACUGGCUACAGAGUCCAAUAUUCUUAAGGAGCUGAUAAAGCCUCCAACCAUCCUGCGCACAGUCGUCAACACCAUCACAGGAAGCACUAAUGUGGGUGAUCAGCUUCCUACAGGACAGUUAUCAGUGGUGCCCUGGAGACGUACUGGUGUCAAAUACACCAACAAUGAAGCUUAUUUUGAUGUGGUUGAGGAGAUUGAUGCAAUCAUUGACAAGUCAGGUUCCACCAUUACUGCUGAAAUCCAAGGGGUGAUUGAUGCCUGUGUCAAGCUGACUGGGAUGCCAGACCUUACUCUCUCCUUUAUGAACCCUCGGCUGCUGGACGAUGUCAGCUUCCACCCCUGUGUGCGUUUCAAGCGCUGGGAGUCAGAGAGGAUUCUUUCCUUCAUUCCACCUGAUGGGAAUUUUCGCCUGCUCUCCUACCAUGUCAGUGCUCAGAAUCUGGUGGCAAUUCCUGUCUAUGUCAAACACAACAUCAGCUUCCGUGACAGCAGCUCCCUGGGACGCUUUGAGAUCACUGUGGGGCCGAAGCAGACCAUGGGGAAGACCAUCGAGGGAGUGAUGGUAACCAGCCAGAUGCCCAAAGGGGUCUUAAACAUGACCCUCACCCCUUCUCAGGGAACACACGUCUUCGACCCAGUGACAAAGUUGCUGUCAUGGGAUGUGGGCAAAAUAAACCCCCAGAAGCUGCCAAGCCUGAAGGGGAGUGUGAGCCUGCAAGCUGGGACUUCCAAACCAGAUGAAAACCCUACCAUUAACCUACAGUUCAAAAUUCAGCAGCUGGCUAUAUCUGGACUGAAGGUGAACCGCUUGGACAUGUAUGGGGAGAAGUACAAACCCUUCAAGGGGAUAAAAUACAUGACUAAGGCUGGCAAGUUCCAAGUCCGAACCUAGAGGAUGCACUUCUCUGUUUCUUCUGUCCCUGGCUGCUGGAUGCAGCCUCUUAUUCCAUCCAUCUGUUUAGGGUUGCUCCCUUGCCUCUGGCAGCAUGAGCAGGAGAGCCAGUGCACAGGGUGCUGGGGAGCAGGGGGAAGUAAUGCUGACCUGAAACCAUCUCAUCUCUAGCUGAGUCUGAAGUACUUGGAACAAUGGGAGAGGUGUUCAGAUCCCUUGGGAUUAGUGAGUCAUGGAUGCAAGCUUCUAUCACCUUCAUUUUGCUGUCUUGAAGUACAUUCUAGGGAUUUACUGCCUUUUGUAACUCCUUUAUAUUCCUGCUGGCUUUUAUGCCCUUGCAGAGGGAUACAAAGUUGAAUUGCCACAAACUUCAGCUCCACUGUGGCAGUCCAGGCUCUGCCCUUCUCCAUCAGUGGUCAUUUGGGUGGAGAGCUGUAUAGUUCUUGGCAGCAGAGAGAUCAUCCAAGCCAUUCUGCCUCCAAAGGAUUGGAAGAAGUGGAAAGCCAUUGUCCUAUGUUAAGGAGCCCUAGAGGGGGACUGGUGCCAGAGGGAGAAAGGGAAGAAGUGGAUGCUUCUUCUAGGCAUUUCAUAAGCCAUUUUGGUCAUCAGGUACCUUUAAUCUCUGGAGACAGACUGGAAACCCACCCAGAUCUUCACAAGGUAUUUUAGGAAGGCCUAGGGUAGCACUUGUGGCUUGGUAACUGAUGGGUGGAGACAUCUGAAUGCAAAUCUGCUUCUCCUUGUCAGUGUUUGGAGGUAGUGAUUCUCGCAGCUUCUCUGGAGGGUCAGGGGAGAAACAGGCAGGGGAGCUUUUGUGGAGACAGCAAAGCUGUGGCUAAAUGAAGAUUACCUCUCUAACUGUUUGUCUCUGCCUGCCUGCUGCAAAUGAAGGUGACAGCUCUGCUCUCCUGCUCACUGCUGCCUUUAGCAUAGUUGUGUGCUGGCACCUUGGUAGUUUUCCUGGCUGGCCUCCCUGAUUGCAGUUCCCCUAUCAGUCAGCUGCUGUGCAGGGGGGUUCAAGCCUAUACUGGAUCUUCACUGGGACCAUUCCUUGUGCAGGGAUUUUUGCUGCAUCUGCCCAUUCCAGUCUGUGUUGCAUCUGUCUGUAUAGCCUCAAUAUGGAACUGGAAGCAUCUGUCCACUUCCACGUUGUCUGUAGUGUGUUCUCUGGCCACUAGAUGCCAACGUGUGUUCUCCGCUAGCAGAACUCGUCCCCGUGCUGCUGUAUGUGGGACUGCAGCAGCUGCUUGUGGAGUCCAGAUGCUUGUGAACAGAGCACGGUGACCCUAAGCAAAGGAUAACAUCCACUCUGGUUUGCAUGUGGUGCAUACUUGCAGUGGCUGAGUGGUUAGAUUCGAAGUCGCAGCGCAGCUGAUGCCACAGCAGGUGAGCUCACUGCUGAGCAUGUUCAGUGCAAAUCAAACCUUCAGCAAGGGCAUCAAUAAAGUUUGUUUUCACAUGUCA